CAGAAAACCCAAAAAAAGUGAAGACUACGGCCAAAAGUGCUCAACAGAAGCGUUCCCGGAAGGCGGGGGCGGAGCCCCAAGAACGUCAGAAAAAACAGCAAAGUGCGGCCAAAACGGUGAACGAUUCUGCGCUUAAACUGAAGCUGGACGAAAAGCUUCAGAAAUCCGGAAUAAGCCUGAGCCAGAAUGGUUUGGAAAUGGUGUCCAUACCAAGUGGCGCGUUUAUCGAAAACUGCCCGGGACCGUCGACCUCCAAGAACCCUCUGAAUUUGAGUGUGACGGCCGUGCCGGAAGCUGCCACCAAGAACGGUAGCUUGUCUCUAAUGACCAGUGACGAAGAAGACGACAGUCAGGAGGGGGACGGCGGUUUAUCCAUAAUAAGGCAAGGAAACAUGUUGCCAAGGUUGCGGGGCUGGACGCCUAUGAGAAGAUAUCCAUCGAGGCCAACGCGGCCACACUCAACAAGGCACUGGCAGAAAAAAUUCAGAAUUUGCGCAAGGCUCAGGUUCUGAAGGAAGCCCAUGGAAACAAUGUCUUCAACUGAUUCCUGAUCAUAACUGACGAGCACCAUUUGUGCCUACACUUACCGAUCAAUCGUAUUAAAUAAAUAAUGUAAA